GGCCACCACGGCUUCACUACAACAGCCCACCUGCUCAACCUUCCGCUCUGGACACAUUAGCGUGUCUUAAUCUUAUACAUAUUUUUCUACGCUGUUAUUAUUACCUAUACUGAGUCUUAAUCAUGUCACGACACGCCCAAGUAGAGGAGGUGUACGACUCUGACCCGGAGGAAGUUGCUCCCUCCGAUUCCUCGCCCGCCAACUUCGCCAAUGAGUCCAUCCUUUCUGGAGCUGGAGUACCUAUGUCCGGCUCAGUACCCAUGAGGCCCGCUCCUGAACCUCAGCGCGAGAUCCCCAAGCAUUAUCAAUGCCUGUACCCGAUAUACUUCGACAAGUCGCGGUCCCGCGCCGAGGGCCGCAAGGUUGGAAGUGAGCUGGCGGUUGAGAACCCGUUAGCGAGGGAUAUUGUCGAUGCGGUGCAGAUGUUGGGAUUGAAUGUCGGAUUCGAGCCUGAGAAGCUGCAUCCCAAGGACUGGGCCAACCCUGGACGUGUGCGUGUCUUGCUGAAGAACGAGGACGGGAAGCUGGUCAACUCGAGAAUCAAGAACAAGCACCACCUUUACAUCCUCGUGGCGCAAUACCUUAAGGCUCACCCUACCACCGAAGAAUCCCCCUACCGUCUCAGAAUCCGAGGACUCCCCAUGCCCGAGAAACUACCUGCUGCGCCCGCCGCUCCCCGUGGAUGGAAGAUUGGAAAGAUUCUACCGAUACACUCUCCGGCCUACAGCGGUGGUGGAGUCAGCGAUAACCCGCUCAAGGACGCCAUGGCUGAGAUGCAGAACAUGCAGGGUAUGCCAGGCAUGCCCCAGAUACCUGGAAUGCCGGAUCUGGCGGGAAUGAUGGGAGGAAUGGGGGGAAUGGGGGGCAUGGGUGGAAGUCCGUCUGCUGGAGGCAGCGAAAAGAAGAAGAAGGAUAAGAAGAAGGGCAAGGCGUGAAGCACUUGUCGAUGUUUCUUCAUAUGGUACAUAGGCUUUUGAUUGCAUUGGCACGGGCGAAAGGCGUUAUGAUGAUUCAUGUAUAGAGGGCAUCUCUGCUGUUCUCUUGAUACCAAGUCGAAUGAAAUGAUCAAUGAGUGGGGACAUGUCUGGUUUGUGGUAUCGGAUGUGGCUGAUAGGUGCCAUCUGCCGUCUCCGCAGCGGAUGGCAGCCGUAGCUUCUCUAGUUUAUUCUGCAGAGAUCAUUCGAG